AUGACGACGAUAACGAUACAAAACAAACACUUGGCUCUCGGCGCAGCCUCGCUACUGCUCUCCUUCCACCUUUACAGGCUGGUAGGUGGUCUAUUUGCAAACACGCCGCCGCCAGCCCCGAGUCACGGCUACAGCGUGCGCGUGGAGCGUGGUCUGGGCGGUAUUGAACGCGACAGCGACACCGCUCGCGCAGUUGAUGAGGUUUAUCCGCCCGAUGCCUUCCCCGGCGGCGGCGAUGUUCGUCUGCCACACGGCCGCAUCAAGUACUAUAUACUCGGACCUCAAGAGGGGGAGAAGAUCGUCCUCGUUCACGGCUUCAGCUCGCCCUGUAUCAUCUGGCGCGAACUCGCAGUCAGUCUCGCAGGAGCUGGCUAUAGAGUGCUCAUGUAUGAUCACUACGGGAGAGGCUAUAGUGACCAUCCCAUCGUCGAGUACUCAGGUGCCCUCUACACUUGCACCCUCGCACUCCUCAUGCACCACGUCGGCUUUGCAAGAGCCACGCUGUGUGGUUUAUCGAUGGGCGGGCCAAUUGUCGUUAACUUUGCGGAUGUGUUCCCGGAUAUGGUCAAUAGCAUCAUCCUUCUCGCCCCCGCUGGCCUUAUGGACGACGCACCAUUCACAACAGCCCGCUCGAUCGAUCCUAAGAGCUUCAUUGAGGCGCCACAUUGGCUCAGACGUAUCUUGAAACCUUCUGGGCCUGCCAAUUACAACGCAAGUGAGAUGCCAGAUAAUCUCAGAAUGCUCGCCAAGAUGUCAGCUAUACAGGGCCAGCGCACGCCUUUCGUUCACGCCCUGCUGUCCACCCUGCGCGAAGGGAUACUGUUUAACCAAGACGAGGUGUUCAAGGCGGUGGGCAGGCGCGGAAGGAGGGUGCAUAUAGUAUGGGGCACCGCCGACAAUAUUGUCCCCUACUCGCUCAGCAAGCGUAUGCUAGAGUACAUGCCGCAAGCCUCGCUCGACACCAUUGUGGAUGGCGGACAUGACCUCGCCAUCACCAAUGCCGACCACGUCCACCGCUCCAUCGUUGCGUUUAUGAAGGAGCAAUCGUAG